AUGGCAGAAGUCAUCAGCGGCAAAGUCGUCGACUUGAACUGCAGCAUGCCCCGCCUAAGCGACAGCCGAACCAAAGCACCCGCGCGUGCUGCCCCGCAGGAGGCUUUGGAUCAAGUGGACCGAUACGCCCGUUUUAGGGGCAACCUAGCCCUUGUGGCGGCCGAGGGACAAGCCCUUUUGGCCAUAGUCCAAGCCGACAUGCCGAGGCUCGGUGCGCACGAUUCGACCAUACUAUCGACGAUGCGGGUGAUGGAAACUCUGGCGGAUGGCGCCACUGAGCUGGCAGCCACGAUGCUGAAGCAAAGGGAUGCGGCAGCCUACCUCGCAGCAUUCAAUAAGAGGGAUGUGGAGCGACGAGACCGCCAAGAAAGAGAGACGGCCUGGUGUAUUUCUACGCCUUUUCAGCAAGAGAUGCUGCUAGAGCGCAUGGUGGAUUUGCAGGGCGCCCUUGACAAGAUUACGACUGAGCUCCGCCAACAAGACGAGGAGCUGGGGCGUCUGUACAACCAGACCUGGGAAAGACUUGAGCUCGUCGCAGGGGUACAGCAGAGAAGAGAGUAG